UUGGUGAUUUGAUUUGUGUGGUAUCAAGAGCAAGCGCGCGGCGCCGACUCGUGCCGGCUGCGCUUGCGCUGCCUUCAGCGAUCAGUCUAUAUUGUAUCACCUCGCAGCCGCCUGCACGCUCACUAUGAACAUUUCCCGAAAAUAAACAUCGCGUAUUUAAUAUUUAAAUUCAUUAUAAUACCUCUAUUAUUCAAAGGGGUGUUUUUAUACCAACGCGUUGUGACAAUAUAAGUAAUAGUGAUACAUGGGUGAAUUAAACAGGCAAAAUACAAUUUCAGACAUCAUGAGGAAAUGUUUUAAAAUGGGCCUUUUUAAAAUAAUCCCAAGUCAAACAAACAAGGAAAAGUCGCGGACAGUCGACCUCACCGAUGAUGAAGGCCCCGAUGUGGUUUCCACGAUAAUCGGCAAAUAUGGCCGAUGGCAGUUGCUAAUGACGUUCCUGCUAUCGCUGUUCUCAUUGCCGUGCACAUUUCACAUCUACCUGCCUACCUUCACCGCAAAAGAAACAAAAUUCUGGUGUAAAAGGCCUGACAACUUUUCAAGCUUGCCUCUAACUGAUUGGAUUAACUACAGCCAGCCUGAAGGCGCCUGCAGUGUGCGCAUGUUAUCUGCCGCAAUUACUAUUGAGAGUAUAAUGAACCAUACUGCAUCACUCGUCACGCCACUUCAAAAAUGCUUAGAAUGGGAAUACGACAGAUCAGAAGUGGGCAACACUAUUAUAUCAGAAUGGAACUUGGUGUGCGACAAAGCUGGUCUCACGAGUCUCGCUGAAGUGGUGUUCUUGGUAGGCGUAGGAGUGGGUGGCGUUAUCGGCGGAUGGAUUUCGGACAAAUUUGGACGUAAACGUAUACUGAUGGGAAUGAUAGUAGCUCAAAGUGCACUUGCAAUCCUUUCUUUACUGGUGCGAUCUUACGUACAAUAUGUGGUGGUCAGACUUAUUAUGGGCUUCGUCUCGGUGUCAGUGGUGUACGCAGCAUUUGUGCUCUCAGUGGAACUGGUGGGCGGCAAAUGGGUGACCAUCGCGGGCGUCUGCAACUUCUUCCCACUACCGCUGGCCUACCUAAUCGUAUCCCUGCUGUCUCUAGUCAUGCCUAAUUGGCGAGACUUACAACUGGCUCUGUCGGUGCCCGGGUGUUUUCUGCUUGGUUUGUGGUUUAUUUUACCGGAGUCGCCGCGAUGGCUAUUAAGCAUGGGAAAAACACAAGAAGCGAAAAUUAUCUUAGAAAAGGCAGCCAAAUUUAACAAACGUGACAUGCCGGCUGAUAUCGAUAAAUUGUUGAUGCUUCACAAAUCCGAAAAUCAAGACGAGGGCCCGAGUGUCGCCAUGCUACUAAAGGGAGCUCUGCGAAUGCGGACUAUCUGUUUGUUCCUGGCUUGGUUCUCGAUGACGAUUGCCUAUUACGGCUUGUUACUAAAUAUUGGAAAUUUCAACCUGGGAAACUUACACGUGACCUCGAUCAUACUUGCAAUUGUUGAAAUUCCCGCAAUUGCCAUAAGCAUACCCAUACUUCUGAAAGCUGGAAGACGAUUCCCAAUAUUCAUCAGUAUGCUAAUGUGUGGACUCGCUUGUAUUGCAAGUGAAUUGUUUUCAAUAGCUUUUGAAGACGAAUGGAUCAUGAUAGCUUGCCUUAUGGUUGGCAAGUUUGCCAUUGGAUCCACGAACAUGAUGUUACCAAUUUUCACUGUAGAACUGUAUCCUACGAUGGUGAGAAACUUGGGAGUUGGUGCAAGUCAAAUAUCGGCGGGACUUGCAUUGAUCUGCAUACCAUAUCUAUGGAGAUUGACAAUGUUCAACGAGCAUCUCCCUAUGGUGACCAUUGCAGCGUUGGCGGCUAUGGGUGGCGGCAUCGUACUGAUCCUACCAGAAACCGCCAGACCUGACGAACCCGAUCCAGUUGUGGAUAGCAAAUUGCCGUCAUUCGAGAACAACUCGCCAUGCAACGGCACGUUUACUGUCACCGACGAUAGAGGACACUAGCAGCCAAACACCAUCAAUGAUUAGGUUCAGAAGUAGAUAUGGCUUAUGAGCUGUACGUUGCACUAUGAUACUGUAAACGGAAAACAUACAUUUGGACAAAUAUAGAGAAUAUUGAUACCUUUUUUCUUGACUUAUGUGAAUCUGUAACAAACAGCCAACACAAAUUUUAGCAACAUCGUAUAAAAAACAAUGUGAAAAAAUAAUCCAAUCCAAUCCAUCGUUGCAAAAUUUACUGUGUCUCAAUGAAUUUUAACUAAAUACUGGAGUGUUUUCUGGCGUAUAUAAAAUAACAUAGUAGGUUUAAACAUAUUGACUAUUUUUUCCGUUUACUGUAUUAUUAACCCCGUAAACUUGGGUCAAUCAGUGAAUAGUGAGAUUUUCCGAAUUUAGAAUAAAUAGACACAAUUAUUAUAAUUACGUUAGUAUCAUAAUGAAACAGAGAAACAAUGUGACACAGUCAGGUAUUUUAUGUGUAAAUAAAAGAACAUCGUAGUACAAGUGUAAAAUACUGUUUCUUUAAUUUUUUGACGUUACGUUAGGUAAUUAUUACUUUUAAAAAUAGAGCUAUGAUCAACACAAUAAUAUAAUAAAUAGUAUUGUUAUUUUAAGGCUCUUAUGAUUGCACCAUUAUGUUGACUUCUGAGUAAAACGUUUGAUUGUUCUGUAGAACAAUUGUAACUCUACAUUUUGUGUAAAUGCGAAACGUAUUUGAAAUUAAUUGUCAUUUCAAAUGUGAUGUAUCUUACAUUUAAAUAUUAUUGUUUCAUCGUCUGUAAAUACCCAUAAAAUACUUUUUCUAUAAUAAUGGUAAUAUCAUUUCUAACUUCGUAAUUUUCCUCUUUGACAUUACUUUAUACAUAUUAAAAUAAAUAAUGUAAUAUGGAAAUAUUAUAAUAAAAUUUAUAUUUCUCACGUAGAUAAAUUUAGGCACUUGCUUGAACUUUCUUCAUUAAGAAAUUAUAUUAUGUAUUAACUUUAAAUUAUUCUAUACUAUACAUAUCUCAUGAAUUUACUAUAUGUCAUGAAUAAUGACCAUAAUAAUUUUGGUCUUGAUUGUCUAUGUUAUAGUAAUCUUCGAAAAGAAUUAUCUGUUUUUU